GCCCCGCGGGGGGGUGGCCUGGCAGUUUGGUCUGGAGCAGCUGAAACCGGUUUGAGCGUGGCUGCUUCCUGCCGCUCGACGCCGCGGCAGGCCGCCUGGGGAGCGCUGGCUAGGCGCGGACGGCGGGCGCCCGGUACCUCUGCCCGCGGUCCUCGCUCUCGGGCGGGGCGGCGGCGACGCGGACCUGCGGACUAGCGAACCCGGCAGUCUUUUUUUUUUUCAAAAUUCCUAAUGUCGUGGAUACAAAUAACACCAAGCAAACAAGCAGAACUGCACAUGGUGCAAUCCAUUCCUGAUUUAAGAACUAGGAAGAACCAAGAGCUAGAGAAAACCAGUAUUCUAGACAAAAUUUAAAUCUGCAAAAUAACGACGUGGGAAAGCUGGACUCUGAGAAAUAAUGACCACAAAAGAAAACUCAUCGUAGCAAACACGACAUCAUAAAAUAAAUCCAUCAGAAUGACACCUUCUCAGGUUGCCUUUGAAAUAAGAGGAUCUCUUUUACCAGGAGAAGUUUUUGCAAUAUGUGGAAGCUGUGAUGCUUUGGGAAACUGGAAUCCUCAAAAUGCUGUGGCUCUUCUUCCAGAGAAUGACACAGGUGAAAGCAUGUUAUGGAAAGCAACCAUUGUACUCAGUAGAGGCGUAUCAGUUCAGUAUCGCUACUUCAAAGGGUACUUUUUAGAACCAAAGACUUUCGGUGGUCCAUGUCAAGUGAUAGUUCACAAGUGGGAGACUCAUCUACAACCACGAUCAAUAACCCCUUUAGAAAGCGAAAUUAUUAUUGACGAUGGACAAUUUGGAAUCCACAAUGGUGUUGAAACUCUGGAUUCUGGAUGGCUGACAUGUCAGACUGAAAUAAGACUACGUUUGCAUUAUUCUGAAAAACCUCCUGUGUCAAUAACCAAGAAAAAAUUAAAAAAAUCUAGAUUUAGGGUGAAGCUGACACUAGAAGGCCUGGAGGAAGAUGACGAUGAUAGGGUAUCUCCCACUGUACUCCACAAAAUGUCCAAUAGCUUGGAGAUAUCCUUAAUAAGCGACAAUGAGUUCAAGUGCAGGCAUUCACAGCCGGAGUGUGGUUAUGGCUUGCAGCCUGAUCGUUGGACAGAGUACAGCAUACAGACGAUGGAGCCAGAUAACCUGGAACUAAUCUUUGAUUUUUUUGAAGAAGAUCUCAGUGAGCACGUAGUUCAGGGUGAUGCCCUUCCUGGACACGUGGGUACAGCUUGUCUCUUAUCAUCCACCAUUGCUGAGAGUGGAAAGAGUGCUGGAAUUCUUACUCUUCCCAUCAUGAGCAGAAAUUCCAGGAAAACAAUAGGCAAAGUGAGAGUUGACUAUAUAAUUAUUAAGCCCUUACCAGGAUACAGUUGUGGCAUGAAAUCUUCAUUUUCCAAGUAUUGGAAGCCAAGAAUACCAUUGGAUGUUGGCCAUCGAGGUGCAGGAAACUCUACAACAACUGCCCAGCUGGCUAAAGUUCAAGAAAAUACUAUUGCUUCUUUAAGAAAUGCUGCUAGUCAUGGUGCAGCCUUUGUAGAAUUUGAUGUACACCUUUCAAAGGACUUUGUGCCUGUGGUAUAUCAUGAUCUUACCUGUUGUUUGACUAUGAAAAAGAAAUUUGAUGCUGAUCCAGUUGAAUUAUUUGAAAUUCCAGUAAAAGAAUUAACAUUUGACCAACUCCAGUUGUUAAAGCUCACUCAUGUGACUGCACUGAAAUCUAAGGAUCGGAAAGAAUCUGUGGUCCAGGAGGAAAAUUCCUUUUCAGAAAAUCAGCCAUUUCCUUCUCUUAAGAUGGUUUUAGAGUCUUUGCCAGAAGAUGUAGGGUUUAACAUUGAAAUAAAAUGGAUCUGCCAACAAAGGGAUGGAAUGUGGGAUGGUAACUUAUCAACAUAUUUUGACAUGAAUCUGUUUUUGGAUAUAAUUUUAAAAACUGUUUUAGAAAAUUCUGGGAAGAGGAGAAUAGUGUUUUCUUCAUUUGAUGCAGAUAUUUGCACAAUGGUUCGGCAAAAGCAGAACAAAUAUCCCAUACUAUUUUUAACUCAAGGAAAAUCUGAGAUUUAUCCCGAACUCAUGGACCUCAGAUCUCGGACAACCCCCAUUGCAAUGAGCUUUGCACAGUUUGAAAAUCUACUGGGGAUAAAUGUACAUACUGAAGACUUGCUCAGAAACCCAUCCUAUAUUCAAGAGGCAAAAGCUAAGGGACUAGUCAUAUUCUGCUGGGGUGAUGAUACCAAUGAUCCUGAAAACAGAAGGAAAUUGAAGGAACUUGGAGUUAAUGGUCUAAUUUACGAUAGGAUAUAUGAUUGGAUGCCUGAACAACCAAAUAUAUUCCAAGUGGAGCAAUUGGAACGCCUGAAGCAAGAAUUGCCAGAGCUUAAGAGCUGUUUGUGUCCCACUGUUAGCCGCUUUGUUCCCUCAUCUUUGUGUGGGGAGUCUGAUAUCCAUGUGGAUGCCAACGGCAUUGAUAACGUGGAGAAUGCUUAGUUUUUAUUGCACAGAGGUCAUUUUGGGGGCAUGCACCGCUGUUCUGGGUAUUCAUUUUUCAUCACUGAGCAUCGCUGAUCUAUGCCUUUUGGGCUUCUCAGUUCAAUGAAGCAAUAAUGAAGUAUUUAACUCUUUCACUACAGUUCUUGCAAGUAUGCUAUUUCAAUUACUUGGCCAGGUAUAAUUGCCAGUCAGUCUCUUUAUAGUGAGAAAAUUUAUUGGUUAGUAAUAUAAAUAUUUUAAACUAAAUAUAUAAAUCUAUAAUGUUAAACAUGUUCAUUAAAAGCAUAGCACUUUGAAAUUAACUAUAUAAAUAGCUCAUAUUUACACUUACAGCUUUUCAUUUGAUCAGGUCUGAAAUCUUUAGCACUUAAGGAAAAUGACUAUGCAUAAUUAUACCUGACCAUGAAAAAAAUAAGUACCUCAAAUGCAUGCAUUUGCACUGGUGAUUCCAACUGCACAAAUCUUUGUGCCAUCUUGUAUAUAGGUAUUUUUUACAUGGGUUCACAUGCACACAACACCAUUUUCAUUCAGUAUGAACCUUGAGGCUGCUGCCAUUUUUCCAUUUAACCAAACCAGCCUGAAGGUGAACCUCGAAACUUGUUUCAUAAAUCUUUCAAAAGUUGUUUUACAUCAAUGUUAAAAUUUCAAAAUGCUGCAGGGUAAUUUAAUGUAUAAAAUAUUAGUAAGAAAAAGUAUGUAUUGCAUACUUAGUAGAAUAGAUCACAACAUACAAAUACAAUUCAGUGCAUGCUUUAGGUGUUAAGCAUAGGAUUGUACAUGUUUACUGUUAGGUUCUUGCAUCUGUGGUGCUAGGUGAGUAUGAGAUGUCAAGGACUGGAUGUAUUUUGUUGCCUAAAAAAAAAAGGCUGUUUGUAGGCAUUUUAAAUAUGCUUAUUUUGUGUGUCUCUCACUACCUAUUACACACUGUUGCUUUGUGGGUUUGUUUUGUAUAUGCAUGUGUUGUACAGUAGUUAAGUUUCCAUGCAGAAAAAUAAAUGUCCUACAUUCUCAUAUUAGUAUUCUUUAUUGUAUAUCAUGCAUGUAAUUUAUUUAGAAAUGUAGGUCUUACUAAAUGUAUAUGCAUGUGUUUCAGAUUAUACUAGGAUUUCUUGGAUUAGAAGCAGAUUGUGUUAACUGUAACUUAAAGAAUGAAUGUUAAAUAAAACGAUGCAGAUUUAUUUUCUUCAUUACAAAA